AUGCGGUAUGACUUGCUUAUGUAUUUCUGGAAAGAUGGUAUCCCGUUCAACAAAGCGGAUUCUCCAGAUUUCAUUUCGUUUCUUGCUUCAUUUUACCAGCUCGUCGUUCAAGAGACUACAGAUGAUCAUCGCAUAACAGGUUUAAGACAGGAAGCUGCCAAAUUUUGUUUCAAAUACCUCCGAAAAAGCAAAUGGAUUUCGAAAAUGGCUGACAGAUCUUAUGAUUGCAUGAAAGAAGGAAUCGCUCAACUACUAGCAACAAAGAAUGUGUCCUUGUGCGUGGACGUUUGGAAAAAUUACAAUUCUAGAUACCUAGGGGUACUGAUAUACAGCGAUUUUGGGCACGUUUUACUCGCGUUCGAAAACUUCUCUGACCGACGUGAAACAGCAACUGAAAUAGCCAAUGCGAUUGGUGAGGUUAUCAAAUAG